AUUGCCCGCCAUGUUGAGGCUGCCUGGUCUUCCCGCAUACGAGACAAAUGUGAUUGGCCAGAAGCAGCUCGUUGGCCAGGGAGGACACUAGAGCCAUCUCCCGUGGUAGAGGGGGCACUAUAGAGCCAGUCCCUGAGAGGUCAGGGAUGCUGACCUUGGUCAAUGGUCAGUUAUAGAGUUAGAAAACGGGUUGAGGACCGACUCAAAUGAACAGGUAAAGAAAACGUGCCAGUGAAAAUUCCAGCGUGUGGAAAAAAAAACUUGAUAAUAAUGAGAAAGACCUUUGCAGAGGCAUUAGUGAAGUGCCAGAACUAAUAACCUGAUAGAUCACCAGUCCAAGGGAGCCUGAGAGUGGACGUCGGUUACUUGGAACGAACAAGAUCCGUGUAUAAUGUCCGUUGGUGACAGCGGCUGGUGAGCGACCCUCUUGUGCCCACAGAGUGAAGCAUGGGCCGAUGAAGGUAUGAAAGCAGGCUCCAGAACUCAGCACAAGGGGAGGCAGCAAGGAGGAGGAGGUGGUGCUGGUGGCGGCACAAGACGUCUUAAGACCCCUACACUCAGGAAGACUUCCACUCUUAAGUUUAAAGCUAAGGUCAGUGAGGUUACCAAAAAGGAGAGUGCAGCAGCCUCACGCUCUCGAAGGAGUAGUGGAGGAAGAACACCAGUGAAACGUUCUUCCUCCACUUUGUGUAGUGAGUCCUCACCAAAGUCCUCCUCUGGGGUUUCUUCUCGAAGUCAUUCUGCCAAGUCUAGCAGCCAGUCUCCAGGUCGGGCAUCAACACACACCUCUCCAACUGGCAAGACCUCUGGGAAGUCUCCUGCUCGAAGAUCUCCUGGUAGAUCUCCAGCCCGAAGUUCCUUUGAUGGUGCCAGAAUAACAGGAAAAGGGGCCAAGUCUCCCACAAAACCAGAAACAGAUAUUUCAAAGCCAUUAAAAGUUGUUGAAAGUUUAAGUACCCAGAAAACCAAAUUAGUGUCAGAUAAACAGGACAUGCCCAGAGCUGGGAGAGAUGCCUCCACAGAAGGAAACAAGUCAGCCUCUCAGAGUGCAAAACCACUGCCAGUGGACAAAGGGAAAAAACCUGUCAUAGCCGCAAAAUUGCGACAGAACUCUGAAUCAAAAAGUGACACUAAUGCAAAGUCGGGUGAUGAGAAAGAGGAUAGUGAUAAAGAUGGGAAGAGGAAAGGAAAAAAAGUAAAGGAUGCAUGUGUCGAGAAACAAGAGAGUGAAAAAGAAAUGAAAAAGAAGGGGAAAAAAGUGGAGGAUAAGAAAGAUGAUGUUAAUAAAGUGGGAAGAAACAAAGUAAAAAAAUCUGAUGAGAUUGAUGAUAGUGAAAAAGAAUUGAAAAGGAAAAGUAAAAAAGCUGUGGAAGAAAAACAAGAGUGUGAAAAUAGUGUAAAGAGAAAUGAGGAAUGUGAUAAUGAUGGAAAAAAUAGAGAGGAAAGUAAUAAAGAUGUGAGAAAGAAAGAUGAAGGUGACAAAGAUGGGAAGAGAAAAGUAGAUUGUGAUAAAGAUGUAAAAAAGAAAGAAGACUGUGAGGAAAAUGGUAAAAAGAAAACUCGAAAAAUAAUGGUGAACGAGAAAGAGGAGAGUGACAAGGAAGUGAAACUGGGAAAAAGAACAGACAUAGAAAGGGAAGAAAAGGAGAGAGAGUGUAAAGACACCAAGAAGACCAUCAACAGUGUAGGAGAUGCACUUUCCAUACCAGAAAAAGAACUUUCUCCUAGCAUGAAAGACCACGCACCUAUUAAAACCUCUAGCAAAGAAAAACUAGAUAAAGUCGUGCUCAAGCAUGAAACCAAAGACGUUAGUGAGGAUGGUAGUUCUCCCACAAGUAAACCAAAGAAGAAGAGUGUCGUGAGAAGAUUCUUGACAGAGAGUGAGAAAGAGCACAAUUUAGUUUAUUCCAAAGAGACUUGUGCUAAAGAAGAUCGAGAAAAAAAAUUUACUAUAUUUAAAAAAGAAAACGGAGCCUUAAGUAGCGAUAGUAAAGGUAAGCCCCUGUGUUCAACAUUUCACGACAUGCCAGUGCCUAAGAAAAGGGGACGACCGAAGGGUAGUAAAAACAAAAGGAAAAAUGAUGGUUUACCACCUGCCAGACCUAAGAAAGAUAAAAAUAAAGCAGAUAAGAAGCAGACUGUAGUAAAGCCAAACAACAAAAGUAAAAGGGAAAGAAGCGUCUUUUCUUUUUCAGAGAGUGAGGGUGAAAAGGAUGAAAAGCCAACAAAGAGGAACAAGAAACCUUCAAAAAUAAGCAAUAAAGUUAAAAGAGAAAGGGAAGUGAAGGAAGUGGAUAACUCCAGCACAGACACCAUCUCAUCAGAUGAAGAUUCCAGGGAGUCUUUCCAGGGUAUACGUAAAGGAAAGUUGUGUGGGAACAGAUCGGAUUGUCCUAAAAAAGUUGUUAUUGGGGGCAAGAUAUACAAGCUUAAGAAGGAAUCAACAAAAUCUCGUAUCCAUAAAAAAGCACAGAAAUCUAUUUUCAGUCGAAAAGUUCGGAAGCAAAUUUCUGAAGUCUCAGAAUCCGAGGACGAUACCGAAGACAAGAAAGGAACACAGAUGAAAGUAAGUAAAAUUGCCAAAGUCAGAUCUGAUGACAGUGAAAGUAGUUACAGUGAAGAGAUAAAGAAAACAAAAACCUCACCGAAAAGAAUUGUAUGUACUACUGAAGAAACCAGUGAUGAGGAAAUCAGUGACGAUGAUGAGGACUGGGCAGCACCAGCAGAACGUGCACGACAGACAAAGAAAGCCAAAGCAAGAAAAGACAAAAGAGUAAAGAAAAAAGUAGUUGCAAAAGAUAAAUUUUUUGAAAAAAGUGAUGAUGAAAGGUAUGAUGAAUCUGAAGAAGAAGGGGAUUGUGAGGAUGAUGUAGACUAUGAAGAAAAUGUUAAAGAAAAUGGUAUAGGACAUGUAGCUAACAAAAAGAGAAUUGCCAAAGAAAAAAAGAAUAGCAAUAGCCAGAAACAGGCAAAAGAAAAACCGUCUCCUAAGAGCAGUCUUAAAUCUGAGUCAUCCUCUGAGGAAAAUGAUGAAGAUCAAGGCACAGUUAAAAAGCAGAGAAAGAAAGUGCCAGCUGGACGAGCAAUGAAGUCUUCCAAAGUAGAUUCAAAGGCAGCAGUUAAGAAUAGCAAAAAAGUUACUUUUGGCAAAAAAGGCACAAGGAGUAAGGAUGACACAUCUGAAGUAGAUGAAAGUGACAAAGAAAGUGAUAGUGAAUAUGAAGCCAGCUCAAGAAAAAAGAAGUCUGGUAAAAGCAUUUUGAAAUCCAAGAAGCUUUUGUCAAAAAAUAAGAGUAGAGAAGAGAGUGUAGCGCCUCCUCGCCGGGCAGCUCGUAUGGCAAGCCUCAAUGCUCGUGCAAUGAUGCAUUGUUUGAACGAAGAUGCCAGAACUCCCUUACCUGUCCUCCCAUCACCUGUGCCUAAACAUGAAAACAUGGCACUUGUCCUCAGAGAUCAAGUAAUACACGACACUAAUUCAGAAGAAGAUUCCGAUGAAGAGGAUAGAGAUUAUGACACUGAUGAUGAUAAACGUGGGAAACGACGAAAGAACGUAAAGAGAAAAAAUGAAGAAGAAACAGAAAAGAAAGUAAAACAGAAACGGAAGAGACGAAGAGGAGAGUUGGAUGUGCACAUGGAUAUGAGAGAUAUGGUUGUCACAAAACGUAUGGCUAGUUUGAAUGCAUCAGCAAUAAUGACCGCAAGUUACUCCAAUGAAUCUCGUAAAAGAACUCCAACAGCCUCAGCACCAGGAGCAGCAGCAGCAGCAGCAGCUGCAGCAGCAGCAGCAGCUGCAGCAGUAGCAGCUGCAGCAGCUGCAGCAGCUGCUGGUGUAGCUACUCCCUCUUCAGCUCAAAGUGAAGUAACAAAUGUUGACAUUAAGCGGAAAAUAUCUGUCAAGUCUACAAAGGCUCGGAAUACAACCACCAGUAGUGUUAUCACAGUUGAGGAAACAACCAAAAAAGUAAAGAAGGCUCAAGGAAGUCGUGAAACAGAAGUGGAAGAGCACAUUAUUGUAAAAAAGAAAGUGAAGCAUCAAGGUGGAACAGAUACUGAUAGAGAAGAUGGUAAUGGGACAGACAACUCCGAAUUGACAACUGAUAUCCUGGCUCGGAGUGAGGAGGAGCCCAAGAGUGUUGUCGAAGAAUCCACACGGACAUAUAUUACUACCCAAACACCCACUGCUCCUCAGACUGUCACAAUCUCUGGAGAAAGUACUUACUGUAUCACUUCCAGUGAUGGCAAAACCACAACCAUGGUGAAGCAAGUGCAACGUAAGACAACCACCACAGGAUGCUCCACCACGUCUGCUCCCCCGACGGCUUACAUUCCACCAACACACCAUGUACAGCCCCAGCCACAUAGCAGCAGCUACCCUCCAUCUCCUCAGAAGCCAGAUAACUACACACCACUCGGGGCACUUUCCACUAUGCAGCCAGUGAUGAGUCCUGGUGGAACGCCUCACCAUCACCACCAUCACCACCAUCACCACCAACCCCAUCCUCCUCCACCUCCACCACUUCACCAACCUACUCCACCUCACCACCAGCCUCCUCCACCUCACCAUCAACCUCCUCCACCUCUUCAUCAGCCUCCGCCAGCUCUUCAUCAAUCCACGCCGCCUCACCAUCAACCCCCACCACCUCACCACCCACCUCCACCUCCGCCUCCCCCUCCACCACAUCAUCCACCCCCACUGCAUCACCACCCACCGUCACCUCAUCAUCCUCCUCAACAUCCAGCAUCGCAUAACUAUCCUCAACCCCAUCACCACCACCCACAUCAUCAACCAUAUCCUCCUUCAUCUCCAGCCAGUCACCCUCAUGCUGCUACUGCUCCGCCAGGACAUCAUUGCGGGUAUCGUCCACCACCCUUAACGCCUCCCACAGGAAACCCCCCUACUGGUAAUCCUUCGCAAGUAAAUCCACCCACGACAGGACCACCUAUGGUUGGUUCAAACUAUCCUACCCACUCUUCGCCUAGUUAUAUGCCCCCCAGUCAUGUGGUAGCACCAACUCACUCUACCAAUCCACCUCACCAUUCACCCAAACAACUUGGUUCUCCAAAUCACAUUUCUCCAAACCUCAAGAGUCCAACUGGAAACAUGGGGAGUCACCAGUCUCAAGGCUCCCCUCGGGUGACUCAUGCACCGGGACAGAUCGAACGGCAUCACUCUGCUUUUACUGCUCCGGCUCCCUCAACGCACUCCCCAGCAGCAUCCACUCCUGCAGGCUACCAGCCAGUGAGUGGGCCCAUGCCGGUUAAAGCGAAUUACACAGCCGCCACCUCAGACGGCUCCAGUCCCUACAAGGCUCCCAAGGGAUCACCAGUGGCAGCAGCUCCCCCAUAUUCCUCUCCUCCUAGACUUACUUCUCCUCCACUACCUAUAAAAGCUCCUCCCAGUCAAUCUGGUUCUGAACCUUACACUCCACCAUACCAAUACCCAACCUAUAGCUAUCACCCUGCUCCACCACCACCACCACCACCACCACCUCCGCACGCAGCGCCCUAUGACAAGUACUAUCCACGGGGAGCAACUUACCAAACUUAUCAUUUCUACCCUCCGACAUAUUCCGGGGGUCAGUAUGCUGCCCCGGGUGCCGAAUAUACGUAUCCGCCCCCUCCACCUGGUGGUGUUCAUUACUCGCAAGAGAGCUAUACUUCCUACACCCUGUGUGUGCCCAACCCACCACCUCAGGGACCCCCUCAGGCACUAGCACUGCCUCCCCCACCGCCACCCACAUCCAAUGGCCCUCACCCUCCUGCGUAUGCCACAUAUCACUACACGGAGUACACACCGGUCUUCACGUAUCCUCCCCCGGGUACGAUUGUUAAAAUAAACUUCAUAGGGCCCUCAUCACAGAGUACAAUUUGCUGUCCAGUGGAUCCAAAAAACGUGCAUACUUGGCCCCCUACUGGAAAUGGUAGAGGGUCAGAAGCUACGAAUAGUGCAAGCCAGUGCAGUAGCAUGGGUCAAGGCACAAGCCAGUGCAGUAGCAUGGGUCAAGGCACAAGCCAGUGCAGUAGCAUGGGUCAAGGCACAAGCCAGUGCAGUAGCAUGGGUCAAGGAGCAAGCCAGUGCAGUAGCAUGGGUCAAGGCACAAGCCAGUGCAAUAGCAUGGGUCAAGGCACAAGCCAGUGCAAUAGCAUGGGUCAAGGCACAAGCCAGUGCAGUAGCAUGGGUCAAGGUGCAAGCCAGUGCAGUAGCAUGGGUCAAGGUGCAAACCAGUGCAGUAGCAUGGGUCAAGGUGGGGGUACAGGAUACCAGUACCAGUAUCACACCACACAACAGCCACCCCAUCCUCCCCCUAGUGGAGCCCCACAAGGCUGUGGUGCAACUUCGGUAUACCACUCCGGUCCUCUCACUACCGUGAUGACCACUGGUACUCAACCAACCAUCCAGGUGUUUGGUACUGUUGUGCCACAACAAACAGUAACUACAAUGCCAUCCCAGGAUUCCCAGGCAGCUGCUGCCCCUCCUCCCAGUGCCCCCCCACCAGUGCCUGCCCCAGUGCCUCCCGAUGUGCCUCUCUCUCAGCCUCAACUUGCCACCGCCACAACCAUGGUGUCCAUGGCACCAAUCACUGUUACUGUGCCCAUUAAUCCUGGAACUCCUCAUGGUUCUCAGUCUUUGGCACCGUCAGGCAGCGCUCAAACACAAGCAAGCACAACCAUUUCUGAGGUUGCAGAUAUUACCUUAACUGUACCACAGUUAACAACAUCUGUUGUUUCUGGAGUUAUGCAGCCAAGUGUAUCAGCUGUUCGUGUUAUGACAGCUGUUUCAUCUGAGGGGCCUCAUCCAACUAUACCUCCCUCAAGGCCUGAAGCAGGUGUUGUAUCAGAGGCACCGCUGAAUGCCACAGCUUCUGCACAAGUUACCACUGCUGUUGUCACUGGCAUUUCUCAAUCAACUGCUGGCCUUCCAGGAGUUAACACAGCUAUUGUCACUGGAGUUCCUCAGUCAGUUUCAGCAUCUGCAAGAUCUGCUUCAGCUGAUGUUGUAGCUUCAUCACUGAAAUCUGCUAAUAUUCCAUAUGGAUUAUCUCUGCCGGGUGGCACUCAGUCACAAGCUUUAGUUACUUCUCAAGUCUCCAAACCAGUUGUAAGUCACGUGCAAGUUGCUUCUACUGCAGUCACUAGUGCACCUCGGUCCACUGUGGCACCUACACAAGCAUCUACAGCUGUUGUCACUGCAAUACCUCAACCUGUUGUGGCAUCCUUGCAGGCCACUACAACUAUAGUCACUGCUAUACCUCAACCUGUAGUGGCACCUACUACUGUUACUACAGCUGUAGUCUCUGAUCUUCCUCAUCCUGUAGUGGCUACUACUCAAGUAACUACAGCUGUAGUAACAGGUGUACCAAAGCCUGUUGUAGCAAUUGAGCAGGUCAAUACAGCUGUAGUAACAGGUGUACCUAAGCCUGUUGUAGCAACUGAACAGGUCAAUACAGCUGUAGUAACAGGUGUACCUAAGCCUAUUGUAGCAACAGAACAGGUCAAUACAGCUGUAGUAACAGGUGUACCUAAGCCUGUUGUAGUACCUGAACAGGUCAAUACAGCUGUAGUAACAGGUGUACCUAAGCCUGUUAUAGCAACAGAACAAGCCAAUACAGCUGUAGUAACAGGCGUACUUAAGACCGUUGUAGCAACAGAACAGGUCAAUACAGCUGUAGUAACAGGUGUACCUAAGCCUGUUGUAGCAACAGAACAGGUCACCACAGCAGUUGUCACUCUCAUACCCAAACCUGUUGUAGCAUCUAGACAGAUAAAUACAGCUGUAGUAACAGGUGUACCUAAAACUGAUAAGGCAUCUUUGCAAGUUACUACAGCUGUAGUUGCUGUUAUCCCUCAGUAUGUUGUGUCACCUACGCAGGUAACUACAACUGUAGUCACUUGUAUACCUCAGCCCACUGUAGUGACGCAGGUCACUUCGGCCAUCUCCAGAAUACCCAAAUGCACUACAACUUCAUCAGGAAUCUCCACUCUGUGUCAGCCUGUCAUCCAAACUCAGUCCACCGACAUGGCUGUAUCUGGGAUACCUCGGCCGUCGGGUGAUCUAGAUGUGGUCAAUAAACCCGAUAGUAAAUCCCAUAUAGCUUCCAUACACAAUACCAAUGCUGGAGGGUCCACUGUGCCUGAACUCCUUGUAGUUUCCUUGCCAGAUACCACAACUAGUGCUUCUUCCGUGCCUCAACCUUCCACACAAACACCUCGCGUAGAUGUGGCUCAAGGCAUUGCACCUGCCACCAUAGGCGUGUUGGAUUCUCAAAAGAUAUCGAUGCAAGUUUCUACAGCUGUUAUUUCAGGUGUGCCUAAACUUCCUUUGGUUUCUACACAAGCAAAUACAGCCAUUGUUUCUGGAGUGCCACGUCUUUCAGUAAGGCCAACGACGCAAGUCACGACAGCUAAUAUUUCUAGCAUUCUGAACUCAGUGAAGCAUGUUUCACAAGUCAUGAAAACUCCCACAGAGAUUCAGAAGAUUAAAAAUUCAUCAACAAAGGCAGUAAUAGACAUUUCUGAACUGCAGAAUGAUGUUAGUGUGGCAGCCGAUAUUUUGUUUGGAGAUAAAAGAAGUCAAAACCAAAUAAAUUCUGGCCAGAGCACUGAACAUUGUUCUGUUGAGGCAAAUAAAACUGCUUCAAUAUCUACUUUAUCACAGCAAAAUUUUAACGAUGUUAUCAAACAUGUUGAAUUCAAACAACAGACUGCAACAAGACUACUUCACGAACCCUCUCAGAUCAUGUCAGCUCUUGGGUCUUCCAUAAAAGAUGGAUUACGAAAUAUGUGUUCUGUGCCUCCUAUGAAUGAGGGGGGAGUUAUAAUUAAAGAACUUCCUUCUGCAAAUAAAAUAAAAUUAAGUUCCUCUAUUUCAAGUCCAGUAAUAGAAUCUCAAACACCUGUCAGCACUGCCAUAUCUGCCCAAGUUGCUCCAGAUUAUGUAAAUAUUAAUACUAGACCAAAUAAAAGUUGGAGUCCAACGCAGUCAGGAAUUACAGUUGAAACCCCACCAUUUCCAUGUGCCUCAAAUGAUGCUUGUGAUGCUCAGACUACAUCCUUGGUUAAUAGUAGCUGUAUGACCAGUGUGCCAGAAACAGAUGGGAGUUUUACAGGAAGGGCAUCGGAUUUGGUCUCUUCUCCACUGAUGACGUCAGUUGUGGCACCAACUACCAUAAGCCAUGCACUGGGUGGACUAUCGGAUAGUGUGGCUAUUAGCCCCAGUAAACCAACAGUUGCUACUCAAACCACGAGUACAGCCCCUACUGUAUGUAAAUCCACUAUGGCUGCUUCUAACAGCCAGCAAGGAACCAUUUCAGUUGUGAGAGAUAAACUAAUUAUGAGUGUACAGUGUAAAGAAGCACAAACUAAAGAUAGUGACACAGGUAAAAAUGGUGUUGCUAGUGGCUCUUCACAUUUAAACUAUCAGAGGCCAGGAACUCGCCACCUUCUCUGUCAAACUGUACCCACACCAAUGCUUACUAAAACAGCCACUGCCCAUUUGCCUAAACCUAAAUCUUCAGCAAGUUCUAAUAUGCACCGAAUGUUGGUAAAAACGGAAGACAAAAAUAAAGAUACUAAACCAAACAUUCCAGAAAAUGUUCCUAUUACCCAAAAUAAUUCAGGUUCUUUUGAAGUAUCAACAUUAUCCACAAAUAAAUUGCAGAAAGACGAUCUAGGAUCCGAUUUAGUAGAUGUGAAGACCGAUAUAAUUGGCUUGACACCAUUGGCCAGCAAGAGAGGCCAGCCUCUGAAUGGAAGAGAGGAUAGUGGGGACAACAACACAUCAGACACACCAUUUCCAAACCCUGAUCCAAUUUUUGACCAUAAAUCAACCACUAUCAAGCCAUACAUUCAGAAUGUGUCUCCUGAAAAAAAACCUGUUUUUACAUAUGAAACCGAUUUGUGUAGGCAGAGGGCUACUGAUUUAAGUCUUCAAGAAAGUAAAACGUUAAAACUACAGACAGAUGAUAAGAAGAAAGAAACCAUAUUCUCUUCCAAAAUGUCUUUAUCGCCUUCCAAGGAAAUAGACUGUAAACAAGAUAUCAAACCCAGUGAUACAAUGAAAUUAGUGAACAUCAAGACUGAGGUUCUUCCAAAAAUCAAGACAGAAAAAUUGUCCCCUAAGGGAGUAACCAAGCUUUCUUCUCCUUCAAUAAUGUCUCCAAAAGAAAAUCCUCUCUUUAAAGUAAAAACAAUAAAUGGUCAAGGUGACUUACCCCUAAACAGUGAUUCUGUUUCUAAAAAAUGUGACUUAUCCUCUCCUACAAAAGCUGUGGGCGUUACAGAUAGUUCGAAACUGACAAAAAGCAUGAAAGAUAUAAAAAAGCCCCUUUUGGGGUUGUUCAGUGACCAAAGAGUGCCCAAAAAUAGUGUAGUUGCAUCUAAAUCAAAAUCAAAAGAGGCUUUUGAUAAGAAAAUAAUUACCUCAACUAAUAAUCUAAAACGGAAAAAUAGUGAGAGCCUCGGGACGGGUGGCAGUAAGGCAGUGUCAAGUACAAAAACGGGUGUACCAGAAGGUGCUUCUAAAGGUCUUGUGGGAAAUAAGAACCAAAAUGCAAAGUCACAAAAGACAGGCAAACCGCCAAAAAGUUCACCCAGUCGUUCUUCCCCAAAUGGAAAAUUAAAUAGAAAAAAAAGCCUUUUAGCAUAUUUAAAGGAAAAAAAUAACGAAAGUGAUACAUCCAGUGUCGAGUCAGAAGUAGCUAGUGGAGGACGGAAAAGAUCCAGGAGCAAAAAGGAAUCCCCAAAAUCCAAUAGUGCCUCUCCCUUUCCUACAUUUCCCUCACUGCCAAUAAACGCUGGUACUCGACGCAGAAGUGCGACGGUCCAGAGCAAGUGCAAGUCAACUAAGAAGCCAAAAUGGGUUCACAACUGGAACUGGGAAGGUGAACCUUUUGAGGGAAAAAUCUGGUUAAGAAAUGAUGAACUGGAACUUGUUAGAACAUGUUACACAGCUAUAAGCCACAGUAAAGGUGGUGAGGUGGUGCGUGUCCGUGACUGUGUUCUUUUACGGUCUGGUCCACGGAAAACAGAUCUUCCUUUUGUUGCCAAGGUUGCUGCGUUGUGGGAGGACCCAGAAACCUCUGACAUGAUGAUGUCAAUUUUAUGGUACUAUCGUCCGGAACAUACAGACUCAGGGAGACGCCCAGAUGACCUUCCUGAUGAGAUCUUUGCCUCUAAGCAUCGGGAUCAUCUUAGUGUCGCUUGUAUUGAGGAUCGUUGCUAUGUCCUCACCUUUAAUGAAUACUGCCGGUAUAGACGCUUCCUCCGCCUCCUUCAAGAAGGAAUGCAUCCAAUAGCAAAACCUGUUCCAGAGCCAGAAGAAGGGUAUUGUCGCAAAGAUCGUCAGCCACCUGAAUGUGUAGUGCCAGAACUUCUUUUCUUUUGCCGAAGAGUGUAUGAUUACCGCAUAAAAAGGUUAUUAAAGAACCCUUACUGAAGGUGUGCUGGGGGGGAGGGGCCAGAGUGCGGGGAGGGACCAGAGUGUGGGGUGCAGGGGCAGCAGUGCGUGUGGAACGAGACCAGCGAGGAGAUUUUUAAUAAUACAUGUACUGACAGUGAUGAUGAAGCAUCAAGAGUUUUUGAACUAAAUGCACUCUUUUUCGUGUGGCCAAUAAACUGAGAAAUUUCUGGAUGUCCGAGGCAUUCCAGGCAAAUUUAUUUAUCUUAAAUUAGUAAAUUAGUACAGAAUUUUUAAGUACUAAGGAUAUAUACAUACAUAUAUACAUAUAUAUAUAUAUAUAUAAAUAAUAUUUAUAUAUUAGUAUUUAUAAACUAAAUAUAUUAUCAGAAUGGAUAAUUGAACUGAAAAUCAAAGGAGUGUGAAUCAUUAAGGAAAAAGUUACGUCAUUUAGAUUACUGCCAGAAGGCUUGGUCAGAGACCAGGCUGCGGGGAUUUUGAUCCUCGGAACCAACGCAAGAUAACCGCCAGUGUUUCUCUUAGUUUAAUGAUUAGUGUCACAAUAAGUAUUUUGUCAUAUGAUAAGCCAAUAGGUCUGUACAAAACACAAAUUUUUAUAUGUAUGCAUUGCUUGUGGUAAGCAUCAAUUUAAUGUCACCAGUAUGAUGUAUUAGUUAAGACUUAUUUAUGAAGGAAGGUUAUGCUUAAGGAUGAAUUCAUUGUUGCCAGUCUUAAGCUAUCUCCUUGCUUAAUUGGUGGUUAAGCAAGUUACUUUGUUUUAUUAUUAGUUACUGUGUUUUAUUAUUAACAAGUUAUUUUCUGAACCAAAGUUUCAAAUAAUCUUUCAUCUACUCAUAUUCCUUUAAUUCUUGUCUAGCCAAAUAUAGCCUGUGUGAAAAAGGUAAUUAGAUUUAUACUUUUCUCUUGCUGCUGCUUCCUUCAUCUUGUAGUUAAAUGACGUAAAAGUUUGUAGUGAUCCACGAGAAAACAGCUAGGGGAGUCAAGUUUAAAUUUAUUAAUCUUUGAAAACGGGUAACGUAUGUGCAAGUCAAAUACAGUUAGUCUAAACUAUGGUAUGGAUGAGGGGUCUCGUUUUUAGUAAGAAUGUGGGGUUUAAAAUGGUAAACUUGUAGGAAUGAACUGCUCUUGUUUUAUAUAGAGCUAUUUGACACAUAUCUCUCAAAGUAUAUGGCACAGAUUAUGCAGUAAUGCGUGCGGGCCAGUAAAUAAUAAUACGGUUGAGUUGUGUAGGUAGCAAGACAUCACACAACUUGUGAUAACUCCGGUACAUGUCGGUGAGAACUGAUUCAUAUAAAAAUUAAUUCAAUUCACAUGUCAGGUUUGCAUGACCUGACAUGUUACUGCAUCAUCUCAUUCUUUGCACUAUAAGUCAGCUGAAGGGUUUUUCUAAAGAAUUAAUUUUAAUGGAUAACGAGUAAAAAAUUGAAUUUCUAAUUGUUUUAGUUGUUUUUUAAUUUCAUAUUUGAUUUGAUAUGUGUUUUGAUAAUCUUUACAUUAUAACAAGGUUGUUAAUAUAUUAAUAAUUGCCUUUUUAUUUAUUUAUUUAAAAUUGGUUUGUUACUAGUGUACACAUGCAGGUUGACUUGCUAGAAUCUUUCAUUUUGUAUAUAGAAAGUGAAAAUAAAUUUCAAUUACAUUGUACACUCUA